AGCUCAGUCUUACUUGGCAGCAUUGUAGCUGAUUCAUAGUUGAGGCCAUAAUGCUGAGUCAAGGACUCCUGGGACUGAGGCAGUGGCAGGGAAGGCUUCUUAGAAUAGGCCAGAGUAGAGCUUGUUUGGGUGUGGGAUCCAUGCAGUGGGGCAAGGUGAAGCACACAGGAGCCAACCCAAGGUCGUGAGAAGAAGGAACAUUCUGUGGCUCCGUUCUGCCUACAUUUAAACAAUGUUUACAGCAUCCUCUUUCCAAAUCUGGAGCCUGGACUGGAAAGCAGGUAAAGACUAUUAGGAAGAGAGGCUCUGUAGAGGUGCAGAACUCUGGGGUUGUGGGCCAGCUUUGCCGGGAGUGGAAUGGAGAAAAAAGGGAAGGAAGAAGGGCAGGGAGAGAGAGAGAGAGAGAGAGAGAGAGAGAGAGAGAGAGAGAGAGAGAGAGAGAGAGCGAGCAACAGAGAGUGCAUACUUAUGUGCUAUAUAUCUAGGGGCCUUUCUCUGUUCUUGCCUGUUCCCACACUAGUUCACAUCUUGUUUGUAUCUUUCUCUUUGUGCCUGAAUGCACCUUGUGGGUUUGUAUAUGUGAUCCUUGUGUGCAUCUCUGAGCACAUAUUCCUUGUGUCUCUGUAUCUCUAAACUGUGCCUGUCUGGGUACCUCUUUGUAUGUUCUGUUUAUUUGCAGGAAUGUGUCCUCAUGUGUCUCCUUGAGUGUCCAUGUGUCUCCGAGAACGGAGAGACAAGUCCUUGGAGACAGCUUGGGAUGCUGAGUCCUGGGGUGUCUGUCUGCUCUGGCCUUUUCUGGUUGGACAGGUAUCCUAGCAACACUUCUGUGAGUUGCCUAGCAACCAGGUCCCCAUCCUUAGAGAAAGAGCAGGGUCUGGCUGUAUGUGGGAGGUCUGGCUCUCAUUCAGUCCAGACAGGAAAAACAAACCUAUGAUUUGAUGAUGACUAGAGACUCAGCAUAGGGUCCCUAGCCUACAUGACCUUAACUUAUGGUUUUUUUCUCAGUGGACUGUGCCCCCCCCCCCCCGUGCUGGCAAAGAAGGAGGUCCCUAGGAGCUUAGUAUCUCUGUGUUUUCUAAGAUCUAAUUCUGGGAUUUGGCUGUGGUGUAGCUUCAAGUGACCAGCAAACCUGGCUUCCCCUUAUCCCUGCCAUGUUGACAGGCAGCUCCAGACUUCAGAGGCGUGAUGCUUUCAUUUGUGUGAGGAUAAUAUGGGUGGCAGUGGCCAUGUGUAGUGGGGGUUCCUGGGUUCAGUUUUGUCUUGAGCUUAGUGCACAUUAGGUAUAAACAGCACAUAGUAGACUCAGGGCAGUGCUGGGUCCACAGUCCAGACAAUCUCUUGUUUAUUCGCAAGAAGGCCUUUACAUGGAGAAUUAGUUGGGUCAGGAUAUUGCUAUCACUGUGGUACUCUACCCUAUUGGACACCGGCUGAGGGCAGUUCUGGGUAGGAAAGCUAGCAAAAUCUGGUCUGUGCUCAGUGGUGGUAGCACAUGCCUUUAAUCCUAGCAUUCAGGAAGCAGAGGCAGAUGUGUCUCUAAGUUCUAGGACAGCCAAGGCUACACAGACAAAUCCUGUCUCUAACCUGUUAACUUCCCCAAACAAAACAAAACAAAACAGAGCAAAGCAAAGCAAAGCAAAACAAAACAAAACAACAUUUUCGAGUGUUGGAGCCUCACGUCUACUUCUGGCCCCUCCUUCUCUCAGCCGCAGCCUUCUGCCCCUCCCCCUUCUGGCUGCCGCACCGGCUGCUGCGUCUAGUCAAUAUCUUAUCUUCCGAGCAGGAGCUAGGAGCCAUUCCCAGCCGCAGCAGACCCCAAUCUAGAGUGAGAGUCAUUGCUCAGUCCACUGUGCUCCUGCCUGCCCGCCUUUCUGCUAAGCAUUGGGGUCUAUUUUGGCCCAGCUUCUGAAGAGGCUGUGUGUGCCGUUGGAGGAACUGUACUGAGUGGCUUUGCAGGGUGACAGCAUGGAGUCCCUCUUUCCUGCUCCAUACUGGGAGGUCUUGUAUGGCAGCCACUUUCAAGGGAACCUGUCCCUCCUAAAUGAGACCGUACCCCACCACCUGCUCCUCAAUGCUAGUCACAGCGCCUUCCUGCCCCUUGGACUCAAGGUCACCAUCGUGGGGCUCUACUUGGCUGUGUGCAUCGGGGGGCUCCUGGGGAACUGCCUCGUCAUGUAUGUCAUCCUCAGCUGGGAGGGCAUUGAGGGGGACUGGAGACAGCAGGCACACCAAGAUGAAGACAGCUACCAACAUUUACAUAUUUAAUCUGGCACUGGCUGAUACCCUGGUCUUGCUAACACUGCCCUUCCAGGGCACAGACAUCCUACUGGGCUUCUGGCCAUUUGGGAAUGCACUCUGCAAGACUGUCAUUGCUAUCGACUACUACAACAUGUUUACCAGCACUUUUACUCUGACCGCCAUGAGCGUAGACCGCUAUGUGGCUAUCUGCCACCCUAUCCGUGCCCUUGAUGUUCGGACAUCCAGCAAAGCCCAGGCUGUUAAUGUGGCCAUAUGGGCCCUGGCUUCAGUGGUUGGUGUUCCUGUUGCCAUCAUGGGUUCAGCACAAGUGGAAGAUGAAGAGAUCGAGUGCCUGGUGGAGAUCCCUGCCCCUCAGGACUAUUGGGGCCCUGUAUUCGCCAUCUGCAUCUUCCUUUUUUCCUUCAUCAUCCCUGUGCUGAUCAUCUCUGUCUGCUACAGCCUCAUGAUUCGACGACUUCGUGGUGUCCGUCUGCUUUCAGGCUCCCGGGAGAAGGACCGAAACCUGCGGCGUAUCACUCGACUGGUGCUGGUAGUGGUGGCUGUGUUUGUGGGCUGCUGGACGCCUGUGCAGGUGUUUGUCCUGGUUCAAGGACUGGGUGUUCAGCCAGGUAGUGAGACUGCAGUUGCCAUCCUGCGCUUCUGCACAGCCCUGGGCUAUGUCAACAGUUGUCUCAAUCCCAUUCUCUAUGCUUUCCUGGAUGAGAACUUCAAGGCCUGCUUUAGAAAGUUCUGCUGUGCUUCAUCCCUGCACCGGGAGAUGCAGGUUUCUGAUCGUGUGCGGAGCAUUGCCAAGGAUGUUGGCCUUGGUUGCAAGACUUCUGAGACAGUACCACGGCCAGCAUGACUAGGCGUGGACCUGCCUAUGGUGCCUGUCAGCCCACAGAGCCCAUCUACACCCAACACGGAGCUCACACAGGUCACUGCUCUCUAGGUUGACCCUGAACCUUGAGCAUCUGGAGCCUUGAAUGGCUUUUCUUUUGGAUCAGGAUGCUCAGUCCUAGAGGAAGACCUUUUAGCACCAUGGGACAGGUCAAAGCAUCAAGGUGGUCUCCAUGGCCUCUGUCAGAUUAAGUUCCCUCCCUGGUAUAGGACCAGAGAGGACCAAAGGAACUGAAUAGAAACAUCCACAACACAGUGGACAUGCCUGGUGAGCCCAUGUAGGUAUUCAUGCUUCACUUGACUCUUCUCUGGCUUCUCCCUGCUGCCCUGGCUCUAGCUGGGCUCAACCUGAGGUAUUGUAGUGGUCAUGUAGUCACUCUUGUGACUACAUGUUGUGUGCUGUUGCUCUCGGCCUUUCAGUAUUUCCACAGGACUGCUGAACAUACCUGGUAUUGCAGUGGGGAGCAUUAAUUUUCUUUUAAAGUGAGACUGGCCCUUAAGCUUGGCGUUGCCUUGGAGCGUCUUCUACUUCUGACUUCACUGAUGCAGUCAGAUUACCCGAGGGUGAGCAUCAGUGGUUUCUUGGAUGGCUGUUUUCUGAAGAUUCUUCCCAUCCAGUACAUGGAGUCUAUGAAGGGGAGUCACAAUUCAUCUGGUACUGCCACUACCUGCUCUAUAAUCCUGGGCUAUCUUCUUGGCAAGAUGACAGUGGGGGAGACAAGACACAGAGCUUCCCUAAGGCUCUUUCCCUCCAAAACCACUGUGAACUCUUAUCCUACAGACUGUUCGGCAAGCACUGCUUCUAGGUGUGUGGGAGGUAAUCAGGAGAAAGCUUUGUGGCCUCUGUAGGCUGCUCACAACAUGGAGGCACCACAUGCUGGUCUUGCCUGCUUAGUACAGGCAGGACAGAGCAGAAUAUGCUCUCUCUCGAUUCUCUACAAACUCCCUCAGUUCUCCAGCAGAGUCUCUUUUACUUGCUAUCAGAGGUCAGGAGUUGUACUGCUAGAAGCAUACUUGUAGCUUGGGAAGAGUGGCAGUCAGGAUGUGUUCUACUCUAUAUCCACAGUGACCACCUGCUUCAUAUAUAGGGUUAGGACAUAUCUGAGUAAGGCCUGAGUGUGCUGCCAAAUUGGAGGUUGGCAUGAGAGCUGAUGCCUAAAGUGGCUCAUUUGCAAGGACUAUUAUGGUUUGGAAUAGCAAUGGGGGGCAUGGGAAGAAGAGUCUAUACCUUGGAGAUCUAUUUGAUGGUUCACAGAAGAGGUUUUGUAAACGCCCUUUCUAUGGGUCAGAUAUCAAAAUACCAGCAACGUUGGAUAGAUUCUGACCUUUUACUGAGACCUCGGUCAGAUGGUUUCAUGUCAUGCAGAGAACCUAGGCUGGUUCCUGUGUCAGAGAGACCUGGGCUUCUGGGGAGGCCAGGGUUCUUCCUUUGACACUUGUGCGGGAGCCGUUAGCUCUAGAGUUUUCUUGCUAAUGCUAAGAAACUUUGUGAAUUUGUAUAUCUUUAUGUAUUUAAGCAUGCAACAAGUGUCAUUUCCAUGCAUGUAGCUAGCCCUGAACCUGCCUCUGGGGUAAUGAAGGAGUGCUCAUAAUAAACACUUAUCCAGUGACCAGUACUGUCCAUAGAAUAAGUGUUUCUGACUCCAGCUACAUAAGAGUAACUUCCUGGGUAUUGAUAUGCACUGGGAUGAGGCACAGAACCAGGUUCAUGGGUUUUAAACCUGUUCUGCCCUUGGCAGAGGGACUUUAAGGAACUUCUUGAUUGAUGGGAGGAAAACUAGUUCCUGGGUUGCAGAGGCUGCUGCCUUUCCUUCUCCCAAGACAAUGACUAUCUUUUCUCCCCACACUCAGGAACAGUGGGUAGAUGCCUUUCUUCACAGUUUUUCUUUGUAGACUCUUGCUGCUUGAGCAAAUCUAAAAGGAGUUGUGGUGAUCAGAGCAGAGGACCCUUCUCUGGUGGCAGAGCAACCCUAUGCUAUAGAGAUCUACCCCCUGGCUCUUGUCUGUGUAGGCCCAAUCUGGCUCAAUUGACCCUCUGGCAGAUGGCCCUUAUCAGGGGGGCUUUGAAGAGGGUCUUACUUGCCAAAGGCCUUGCUUUCAGUACAGAGCUGGUGAGCCAAAGCUUGGUUUUAUACAAGUUUUAAUGACAUUGUCCAUUUGUUUUUUGUUUUUUAGUCUAGCAGUUUAUAAUCAAAAGGUAUGAAUUUCUAAUAGGCUUAAAAGAUGCAGUUCAUGCAGGCAUGGUGGAUUGGAUUCUAUGAGAUUGUGUUUUUGUUGCAUCCUCACUUUAUAGAAAGAUGACUUCAGAGCUGCAUAUGUCAAAUUAAUAGUAAUGUUGAGGUUGUAGGGUUUCAACCUUACAACCUUUCCCAUAGCAAAGUCACCAUCACAUUGGGGGAUAGGAUUUCAAAUUGUGUGUGUGUGUGUGUGUGUGUGUGUCUGUGUGUGUGUACAAGCACACCAGUAGUUCUUAACAAACACAGUGUUUUCAAAUAGAAAUUCGGCAUCAAGGGAAAAUUUCCUUCCUUGAUGAAAUUAUAGUCCCCAGGAGAUUGUAUGCUCCUGAUAGGUAGUGGAGUUCUGGGCUGCUGACCCUGGCUAGUGUCUUAGAGGUUGACCAUCAGGGAAGGAGCCUUAGAGAUGAAUAUACCUUCCUGGCUCUCUAGGACUAUGUACCUUCCCAAUUCUCUCUCCAUUCUGUCUAACAUAGUCUCACCCUAACUGUUUCUUGAUCAGGCUUGAUCAAGUCUAGUUUCUCUGAAUCUGAGUAUCCUUCUCUAUGUGAAGGGAACUGUGUAGCACAUAGCUCUUGGGGUUAUGUGAAGGGCAGGAUGUAUAGGAUCAGAUAAGGUCUGAAGGGUCUUUUUACCUCAGAAAAGUUAGGUUUCAUCAUCUGCUUUGGCUGCUUCCCACCAGAGGGCACUGUGUCCCCAAUGUAAGCCCAGCCAAGGUCCCUGCCCAGCUGUGAGAAACAACAGUGAGAUUUGGGUACUAAAGUAGGGUUAGGAACUCUUUGGCAGCAGGAGCCAGAGUGUAGGAGUUUUGUGGAGUAAGUCAGACUCCUAAGCUCAUGGAGAAGAACAACGCUAGUUCCAACAGGAUCCUGGUGAGAAGCACCCUUGGUCUAGCUGGCUAGCCUUGGGGAGUGACAGGAGAGGGAGGCCAUUAAGGGCUGUAUAAGUACCACUUACUAAGUGCUUUUUGCCACGAGAGCAUUGAAGGGGACAAGGGUUUUGAAUGUUCAGAGAAAAUUUGGCUGGUACCCCCUCUGUUGUGGUCAGCUCUAGCAAGCUAGAGCCAGCUGAGAAGCUAUCCCGAAGGGUGCCUGGCUCUCAGCCUGGCCGUGUUCCCCUCCUGAUCUUCACACCCACCCAUCUUCCGCUCACUCUGCUCCUCCUUCACACGUUCUGCACCCAGUACAGUUGCUUUUGCCACUCUGUGUGUCCUGAACACAGUUCUGGAAAGUGAGGUGUUUUGCUGCAUCUAUUUAUAAGGGGCUCUUGUCCUGCUUCUCUUGCUCAGGAGCAGUGCGUGCUAAUCAGCCUUGCUGAAGUAUAACUGUAUAGUGAGCAGGCACAGCUCGAUCUCAGCAGAGCUGUGGGUGUGGGCUGUAGUUUAAAAAGUGCCCAUUCUAGGCUCUCUAAUAUUCAGCCUGUAUUAGGGCUGCGAGUGGAAUCAGAGACCAGAUCACGCAGCUGUUUGCCCAGUUUUCCUCUCGACUUUCAGAUCACUUUCCUGUGAGAGUACUCCAGAAGCUUGUAGAGCAUCCAUGUUUUGCCAGCAGCUGUGGAAACAAGACUUCUUGAAAGAGACCCCAGCCAUUGUGUGGUCUCCAAAGAACCUAGACCUCACCAGUGUUCUGCCUGAGGUGUCAUGGGAAGCUGAGUCAGGGCAUUUGAGCCUGGCCACUCCCCAGUUUUGGAUCCUCAGAAGCUAAACAGUUGUUAUCUCUCAGCAUCUAAGCUCUUGUUGCACGACAAUAGGCAGUAGUUGAGGGGAGAUAUCAGGAGAAUGACAAUUUAGGGCUAACUAGAGGUAUGGACAGCAAAGUUAUCCAAUACCGUCUGGCUUAGAUGAAGGUCCAAGUGCUCUGGCAAUCUCAAGUACUUGGUGGGCAGAAGGAUGACAUAUACCACGAAGGUGUAAGAGUCCUGCAUCACAACAAUACUGGACUUUUCUGCUGAAGUGCUUAUUGUUAAAACACUGGCACGGGGGCUAUCUUUGUGUCCAUCCCCUGUGGGUGAUCAAACUUAGGCCGCUUGCUACCAGGACCAAACCGCCUGCUACUGUCUUCUUAGAGAUGUGUAGCAAGCAGAGGUACAGAAAGGGAAAGUCACAGUUGUCUGUAUAGAGGACGCAGGGAUAAGUGUGAAGAGUAAGAAUGUCCCCUGGCUUGGUCAACCACUGCUCUUGACGUGACACAUGGCAAGGACGCUCAGGCCCCCGACACAGGAUUACGGUAAAUUGCUGCAGAAGUUGUCAUUCAGGAAUGAGUUCAAGGAAGGAUUGAGGCAUGAGCUGACAUAGCCCAGACUGGUGAUGGCAUAGGAGAUACCAAUAACCAGGGAUGUGUGGGGCAGGCCUGCAGCCAGGGCCAGCACAGGCCAGGUGGAAGGGCAUCCAGCAGAGAAAGCACACGACUGACACAGAGAGAACCUUCCUCUUGGCCUUUCUCAGAACCUUGGUGCCAUAGUGGAGCUUCUUGGUAUGAAGUCUGGGCGGCAGGUCCACAUAUGACAGGCAGAUGAUGCACAACAGCACUGUGAAACCGAGAACGAACAUAUAUGUGUGGCUGGCCUAAAACCAGGCUCACUCUGGCCUCAGGAAACAGCCCACAACUGGGUGCCUGUAACUCAUUGCUGUAGGUAUGGGCAAAGGAACAGAGGGGCAGAACCAUGAUGGUGACAGCUAGCCGGAUACAAAGGCUGGUAACUUCUGCCCCCUCUGGGUGUGCCUAGGCAAUUGGCAAGAUUGCACAGUGGCCACACUCGUCACAACCAGGGAGUAGAUGCUGGCGAUGUAGUAGUCAAUGGUCAGCACCAGUUUGCAGAAUGGCUCCCCAAAGAGCCAGUGUUGUAUAUCAGGUACUCAGUGAUGUUGGCUGGCCGCACCAUGAGCAAUAGCUUGGUUCAGGGCAAACACAUUAGUUACCGUUUUCAUCUUCGGUGCCCUCGGGAUCACAGAAAUGAUAGCCAAGUUAGCAGUUAGGCCCACAGCACAGAUCAUGGAGUAUCUGUUGCCAGGCUAUGUUGGCAGGAGUUGGCAGGAGCAUGUGGAGCACAGUGGCUCCAUAUAGUAGCUCAGAGAGGGUAUGAUUGUCCUUGGACAAGUUUGUGCUCAUGGUAGUGAGGAAGUUGUUAGUGACUUUGGCUGUUGGAGGACUGUGGGUACUCAGCACCCUGCAUCAUGGUAGGGCUUUGAGUGGCUUUGUAUAUGCUUGGCCCCAGGGAGUGGCACUGUUGCGGGGUGUGGUCUUGUUGGAGUAGGUGUGGCCUUGUUGGAGUGGGUGUGGUCUUGUGGGCGUGGGCUUUAAUACCCUUGUCCUAGCUGCCUGGAAGCCAUUAUUCUGCUAGAAGCCUUCAGAUGAAGAUGUAAAACCCUCAAUUCCGGGGCUGGGGAUUUAGCUCAGUGGUAGAGCGCUUACCUAGGAAGCGCAAGGCCCUGGGUUCGGUCCCCAGCUCCGAAAAAAAGAACCAAAAAAAAAAAAAAAAAAACAAAACCCUCAAUUCCUCCUGUACCAUGUCUGAAUGCCGCUAUGUUCCUGCUUUGAUGAUACUGGACUGAACCUCUGGAUCUGUAAGCCAGUCCCAAUUAAAUGUUGUCCUUUAUAAGAGUUGCCUUGGUCAUGGUGUCUGUUCACAGCAGUAAAACCCUAACUAAUAUAGGCUUAGAGACUGAUACCUGGGCAGGGGCCUCCUGGGCUGGAUUCUGGGAAAGAAAUAGUCAGAAAUCUACAACAGUGGCCACCUCAAGUUCUCUGAGGUCAUUCUAUUUAUCUUAGCCCUAAGACUGGAGAGAGCCAGGUGGGGCACAGAGUUCUCCUUCAGCUUCUUGGAUGUAGCCCCAUUUCCAGGUUCUGCCCAUAUGAGAGCGGCUGCACCCCUAGGAUGCUAAGUGGCCAAGAGCAAUCCCACCUAUCAUCCCCAGUAUGCAGUAAGCAGAAGCAAUGCUGUUGCCUAUUCGUAGCUGCGCCUUUUAGGUGCUUCUCUGGAUACUUUGGAUCUAAAAGUUCUUCCCUUCAGAAGCCAAGUCCUCACUCUCCAUAGUGCUAUGUAAGCACCUGCUUUCCUAGGUGUCCCACUGACCUGACACUGUCCAGCGCCUUAUAGCUGGAAGAUGAUGGCCUUGGUGGGCUCUCAGUGUAUAGGCAGCUGUGAAAUGAAAGGGGAGGUGUGGCCCCUCUCUUCCAGCAGAGGUUUCAAUCAUUCUUGGUCAGCUGGGAGGGUGGUUUCUAAGACCCACUUGCAUGCCUGGUACCUCAGUCAGUUGGCUUCCCAACCUAGGCCUGGUUACAGCACCACGGAUGAGCAGGGAGAGGAGCAGAGAAAGCUGGGUGUUUGAUUGAAGCUCCUGGACACAAGGACCCCCUCCCUACCCAGUGCUGAACUAUGGCACCUGUAGUUGGUGGUCCAGGAUUCCAUCCACAUGUUCCUUGUGCCUACUCCACCAGCCCCUGUGGUGUGUGUGUGUGUGUGUGUGUGUGUGUGUGUGUGUGUGUGUGUAUUUUGCUGGUUAUUAAUCACUCAGGUAAGUCACAGAUGGGUAGCUGAGAGAUGUGUUUUUUUUUCCCACUUGUGUGUCUGUUUAUUGAGAAGGCACACACAGGGGCUUCUGGACUCUAAGAGUAUUUAUGAUUCUGUCUGGAGGCACUAGGGACCUGUAUACCUUUGUCUGUGUACAUGGAUUCUGGUAGAUCUCACGCCUCCUCCUCUUCCUCCUCCUCCUUUUUUGUUUUGUUUUUCUUUUUGUGUGGGGAUGGUCAGGGUUUCUCUGUGUGUAACCUUGGCUGUCCUAGAUCUUGUUCUGUAGACCAGGGUGGUUUCGAACUUACAGAGAUCCACCUGCCUCUGCCUCCUGAGUGCUAGGAUUAAAGAUGUAAACUACUCCUGCCUACUUCUAAGCAGGCACAUGGUAUGGACAUUCCCUGUAUGAGUGGAUCCAUGUCUGCUUGCAUGGGAUUUCUGAAGGUAACUCUGCACUAUAUCUGAAGGAGUCUGUAUGUGUCUUUGUAUAAAUAUUGGUCUGGAGGACUGCUUGUCCUCAUACGAAGUCAAAUGUUGAUCAUAGACAGCCUAUUUCUGUCUGUGUCUUUUUUUUUUUUUUUUUUUGGUUCUUUUUUUCGGAGCUGGGGACCGAACCCAGGGCCUUGCGCUUCCUAGGCAAGCGCUCUACCACUGAGCUAAAUCCCCAACCCCCCUGUCUGUGUCUUUUACCAGGCAUGAGAAGUCAUAGAGAAAGGCAUUUGCUCCUACACUGGCUCCCUUCUCUGUGGCACUCAGUGAAACUACUCAAAGCCAAGACCUUCUCUAUAUUCCUAGCAUACUUUCUCCCUGAGUGUGAACUGUUCAGUCAUUCCUACUCACGAAAAGCAGGGCUGCCUCUCUGCCUGUGCUUUGGUAGCAGUAUUGUGUUAAAGAUGAGCUGCCAGUUUGUUUUGGGGUAUUUUUUUUCUUUGUACACAUACCUAUGGUGGUGGGGCAGGGGAAAGAUGGGGUAGUUUGUUUUCAGCCUGGGGGGGGAUGUGACUGCCCAUUGAGGCUAUGCCCAGUGUCUCCUGGGGUACAAAGCCAUCACCCCAUACCCACAGGUCGGCUUCUUCUGUGAAUUACUCUCCCAAGUCUUUUUGUUCCAUGUUUUUUUCUGAGCUGGGUCAGGAUAGGAGUUUGGACAAUGACCCCGAGUGCCUCACUCGAAGUUACCGAGCCUGAGCUAUGUUAAGGAAUACCAGGUGGGAGCAGUCAUGGAUACUUUCUUGUGGACGCUGCACUCAAAGGUGGAUCAGCAUUGGUUAGUAGGUCUGUAGGUAUUUCUGGAGAAGCAUUUUACUUAGAGAGACUGAGGCCCCUGAGGUCAACCAACAGUCAUGGUUAGCAACUAUGAGGAAAGUCUUUAUUAAGCGGAAUUUAAUGAGCUGGGGGGUGCUUGUGGGAUAAAACAGAGGUAUUGGUUCUGUUCAGAGCUCUGGGAAACCAGACCUGUGUCAGGUUUGACUCCGGUUCUUCCACUGGCAAAAGGGGGCGGUUAGGUCUUCUGUCAUCUACUUUGUGUCCUGUGUCUUCCUCCCCCUGAAUCUUGUCAGUACAGAGCUGUCCAGAGCUGUCUGUUGUCAUCAUUACUGGCAAAGGCAGAGAUCCUUUACUUCCCUCCUUGCUCAACUUUACACAUCCUAAACACCUCACUCCUCACCUUUCCCCACAGCUUGUUGUUCUAGGUAAAUCAUUCCCUCCAGUCCAAGAGGGGAGUGGUAUUAGAACGCAAUCUCGAGGGUGUAGAAUCCUCUCUCGUCUUCCCACUAGACUCCUGACUCCCUUUAGCUACCAGUAUCCCUUUCCACCUCACCAGUAGUCAACCCAGUAUAAAAGUCCCCCCCCAGACUUCUUUCCUCCUGAGCCUGGCUUGGGGAGUGCCCUGGCCCCUCACCAAGCCUGUCCUCUUGGAAGGGGGGGGGAGGAGGAACAAGUGUGGUCAUGGGUGCCUUGUGAGGACAAGAAGGGAUGGGGCUGGGAAUGGUGUGGAUUGGGAUACUGAGGGUAUCAAAUGUAGGAUCUAAGGCUGUCGCAGCCCUUAGGCUGAGGCUGCUGUGGGUGCCUCAUCCUGGCACAGGUCCACAUGUGUGGAGACCCCAGAUGCCCCCUUUCCCCUCUAGUCACACCUCACCUGUGGCCUCUGCAGCUUGGCAGCUGUCUGUGUAGCCCUUACACUUGGGCUAAGAGAGCUGCUUUGUUCUGCUUGGCGCGGCAUUGUCCCAGAGGAAAGCUUUGCUUCAUGAAAGGAUUUUCACUUUCAGAAAUGAAUUGGUCUUUGCAGCCUGUUGGGUGUGAGGGGGAGAGGCUGUGGAGGGAGCCAGGUGUCAGCUGUACAGGGUGGGGGUGGGGAAAUGCCCUGCAGUGACAACCAGACUUGCAGGAAGUGCUGGGGCGGGAUUGGGAGGAUAGGGAGGUCGGGUGUGUGGUGGGUUAAGAGUCUGGAUACUGUAGGCUUCAUCUGGGUCUCAUGCAUAUAUAUGUUUGUCUCUGGGCUCAGGAGAGGUGGCCUUCCCAGGAUAGGGGGAAGAAGAGGGUGUGACACCUGGCUGUUUGUAUGAGUUAGGAACAGAGAUAGCAGUCAGCAACAGGAAAGCUCAAAGUAGGGCUUUAUCCUUUGUGAUGGUUUGAAUAUGGGUGGUCCAGGAAGUGGCAUUAUUAGGAAGUGUAGCUUUGCUGGAGUAGGUGUGUCACUGUGGGCGUGGGCCUUAAUACCCUCGUCCUAGCUGCCUGGAAGCCAUUAUUCUGCUAGCAGCCUUCAGAUGAACAUGUAGAACUCUCAGCUCGUCCUGUACCAUGCCUGAAUGCUGCUAUGUUCCCGCCUUGGAUCUGUAAGCCAGUCCAAUUAAAUGUUGUCCUAUAAGA